UUAAGUCCGCCUAAGCCCUCCAUCUUAAAAACUUCAAACAUUUGAUUUGUUCAACAAAUUUACUCUCAAAAAUCAAAAUCAAACCCAAUUCUAGAAAGGAGAAGCCGUGUACCUGAAUUCGGCAAUUUCUUCCUUCUUUCCUCCGUUGAUUCUACGCUCCUUUUCUAACUUGUUUCUUAAAUCUUAACAAAUCCAUUAUCCUUGUUCUUCAUUUUCUCUUUCUCAUUUCUUAAUUGCUUAUCAAUUACUUGCAGUUAUUAUCUUGCCUUAUUAAUCCUUUCAGUUUCUUGCAAAUUUUAGUUUGUUGGUGCUGUUUCAUUUCUGUAUUGGGUAAUUUGCAAAGAUAUUCUACAAUCAUUUUACAUUGUGAAUCUAGAAUUUAUCCAUUCAGUGCUUUUCUGGGUAGCAUACAAUUUUGACAAUGAUUGGUAUCAAGAACUCACCAUUGCAUAGGUUUGCUAAGCCUAGUUCUGCUGGUCCAAAGGUUUCUAAUAAGGCGAGCAAUAACCCAUUUGAUUCUGAUGAUGAGUCUGAUAAGAAGCCUACUCGAGGAUCCCCUGCAAAAGCUUCUUCUGCACCAUUGAAGAAUUUGCCUACUUCUAGUGUGACUAACCCUUUUGAUGAUGAUUUUGAUAAUAGAGAGAGAGAAGAGACUUCUAACACCUCUAAGUAUACCUUUUCUUAUGCUCAAAGGAACAAAUACAAAAAUGAUUUCUAUGACUCAGGAGGUGUAGACAAUCAAAGUGUGGAGGAAUUAGAAAAUUAUGCGGCGUACAAAGCUGAAGAGACGACAAAGACUGUUGAUAACUGUUUGAGGAUUGCUGAAGGUAUAAGAGAGGAUGCUACCAAGACAUUAGUCACCCUCCAUCAGCAAGGUGAGCAAAUUAGAAGAACCCAUGAGGAGGCUGUAAAUAUGGAUUACGAUUUAAGUCGGGGGGAGAAGCUUUUAGGAAGUCUUGGGGGGCUGUUUUCUAAGACGUGGAAGCCAAAGAAGACUGCUCCAGUCAAAGGUCCUAUCAUGUUAAGAGAUGAUCCUGUUUGGAGCAAGGGUAACCACUUAGAACAGAGGGAGAGGCUAGGAUUGUCAUCUGUGCCAAAUGGGCGUUCAAAGUCUAGGACUCCACCACCUGAACCCACAAAUGCUACGCAAAAAGUUCAGGUGGAAAAACUGAAGCAAGAUGAUGCCCUAUCCGACUUGAGUGAUCUUCUAGGCGAGCUGAAGGUUAUGGCUCAGGACAUGGGUUCUGAAAUCGAACGGCAAAACAAAUCACUGAACCAUUUAGAUGAUGAUGUGGUAGUCUUGAAUGAUAGAGUUAAAUAUGCCAACCAACGCGGCCGGAAGUUAAUCGGGAAAUGAUGAUUUAGAGCGGCUAACUGCGGUAUGGUAAUCACUAACCUAUAUCCAAGAAUGCCCUUUUGUUUCAAUGGCGUUGCUGGAUAUAUGUUACUUUUGUGAUUGUUGUUCGGGUAAUUGUAUUGUAAAAAUAUUGCGAAACGGGGAGGAGAACGAAGAGGAUUUGAUAGACAUUUUUGUAUUUGCGUCUGUCUGUAUUUCAUGUUAUAGUAGGCUGCAAAUAAUUGUAUUACAUACAAGUACUUGAACAAUGAUUCUCUUGUGGAAAUGUGGUAGACCUAUUACAGUUUUUACAUCUCUUGGUACAAUUUUCAUGUAUAAAUUUACUGUACAUAUAAGAUUUCCAUGUAGUAGAUUUAGCGAUAUGAUGAUCAGUAUCCACAACUCACAAGUAUUGUUCACAUAAAUAAUUGCUCAUAUCUUGGGCUCUUAUCCUUCAUUUUUACAUUUCUUUUUUUCAGCGCCAUAAAAUGACUCAUGUACAUGGGUUUAAAGGGAUUAGAUGUAUACAAUUGUACCCUUAGAGUUUGGGCCUUGUUAGUUGAAUGAUCCUUGGUAGCAAAUUAAAGUAUGAUAUUUAAUAUUAUGAUUUAAUGAGUUAUUUUAUAGCUAGAAGUAUUUUUAGUGUUAUUUUGUUAUGUGAGAACUGGAAACUAAUAGAAA